AUGACAAGGUUAUCCCUGGACCAGAUGUCUGAUCAGGAUACCAUUCCUGAAAAGAUAGCAGUCAAUGAAAAGAUCAUUGAUUCUCCUCCCAGCGAGGUAGAACAUGGUAUCAUCAAAGACUGGGACAAUGAAGAAGCCAGUAUCCGACGCAAAAUCGAUUUCAUCCUAAUUCCAACCCUUGCACUCGCUUUCUUCGCCCUGCAGCUCGACCGAGGCAAUAUCAGCGCCGUACUCACAUCAACCAUCACCAAGGAUCUCGGUAUCACCACUGAUCAAGUCAAUGUCGGUACCCAGCUGCUGUCGGCUGGUAUCGUGCUCGCAGAAAUCCCUUCAAAUAUAAUCCUGCAACGCAUUGGACCGCGUGUCUGGCUUUCAGGACAAUUGUUCGCAUGGGGUCUGGUGGCUACCUUCCAGGCCUUUGUGCAGUCCUACCCCGCAUACUUGGUGACUCGCAUCCUGCUCGGUCUCUGUGAAGGCGGUUUCAUUCCUGGUGCUCUGUAUUACCUUUCGACUUGGUAUAAGAAAGAGGAGACCAGCAUGCGCACAAGUUUCUUCUUCUAUGGUCAGAUGUUUGCUUCCGCUACGUCAAGCUUGAUCUCUGCUGGAGUGCUUAAGUUGGAUGGAACUUGCGGAAUGGCGGGUUGGAGAUGGAUCUUCCUCAUCGAGGGUCUGAUCACCUUGUUCAUUGGAAUUGUGUUCACACUCCUAGUACCGCCCAAAGCGGGCGAUGGCCGACCACUUAUUUCCAUGGGCCGCUGGAGUUAUUUCACCGAGCGCGAAUCUCAAAUCAUUGUCAACCGAGUUUUGUUGGAUGAUCCACGCAAGGCUCGUGGUCAGAUUCAGAUCUCUCGAUCGGAUAUCUGGAAGACUGUCAAGCAGCCCCGUAUUUGGCAGCAUGUCAUGCUGACUCUCGUCUCCAUGUCCGGCUUCCAGGGCUUGACUCAAUACAGCCCGUCUAUGAUCAAGUCGAUUGGGUUCAGUGCUGUUAAAGCCAACGCCUUAGCCUCUGUCGGUGUUUAUUGUGGUAUUGUGUGGUUGACUAUUCUGGCCUUCUGCUCGGAUCGAACUGGUCACCGUGGUCCAUUCGUCAUGCUCGCACUCACCUGGAAUUUGAUUUCCUAUGUUUGCCUGCGGACUGAUUCAUACGACUCUCCCAAAUGGCACCGAUAUGGAGUGAUCACCAUCGCCAACGUCUCUUAUUGCAGCAUGCAUAUUCUUAAUGUCGGAUGGCUGUCCUUAUAUUGCAAAACUCCUCAGGAACGAAGUGUUUCCAUGGCGCUGGUUGUUAUGGCUGCGAACUGUGCUGGUAUUUCAGGUUCCCAGAUCUUCCGUACUGCAGACGCUCCCAAAUAUGUGAAGGGUUUAACGGCAAUUUGUGCUCUGGCUGGAGUGGCAUGGGCGCAAGGAGCAUUCCUCUCGGUGCAGUACUACUUUCAGCGCAGAAAGGCCGCUAGCACAGAUGACAAGGAGUCUCAACCGAGCAGUCUGAGCAACUUAUGA